AUGGAUCUUCAGGAGAUAGGAAUUCCGAUGUUAAUCGUAGACGUUCUUUGCAGGGCUUCGACGAGGAAAGCCUCGACUUCUGUUCCUGAGGGCGUUCCGGAGCAAGUGAUCGAGCUUGACUCUCCUCCUUCCUCGGACCAUGACGAGUCUUCCCAUCACGAUGAGAGUGCUUCUCAUCACGAUGAUGGUUUGAGGACUCCGGCGCGUGGUGGUGGUUCGAAGGAGGGGAAUCAUCUCGGCGUCCAGGUGAGAAUGAUGAGGCGGUGUCUCGUCACUCGGAGGCGGGUGGUUUUGCUCCUGGCUCGAACCUCGGUGCUGAGGGUGGCGCCGGAAUCCAAAGGAUGGUCCUGA